CCGCCCCCUCAGUGAAGCCCUGCCCCUUUGUGGUCGUCCUGGAGACCCUCUGUUACCUAUGUUUAUGGUUCAUAGAGCAGCACGAAGCCGAAGGUGUAGCUGUGCAGUUCCGCCCUCUGCUGCCACUGCCACUGGGAAAGACUUCUUUGCCACUGCCGGUCCGGCCCGGUCGGGCCAGGUCCUGCCCGGUCCUGCCCGGUUCGGCCGGGUCCGCAGCGAGCGGUCCUUUGCUAUGGACACGGUAUCAGCCACUGUAGCCGUGGUCUUCGUGUCCCCGGGCACCCCCGAGCUGCUGAAGCGCCUGUUAAAGCUGUACUCGGCCUUUGUAGCCCUGCUACUGAAGCUGGUUGCAGUGUUACCUGAGAAUCUCCAGCCCGGGCCUGGAGACUUAUAUGGGCUCCCCUGGGAGCCUGUAUUGCUCACUACCUGUGUUGGAAUCCUUAUGCUUGCGAUUUUCUUGUGGAGGAAUGUUUUUCCAGUAAAGGAGAGAAUAUACCAAGUCACUGAACAGCAGAUUGCCGAAAAGGUGAAGACUACCACAAAGGACAAUGCACAACUUGCAGAAAAAUUGUCAAGUUAUGAACAGAAGAUCAAUCAAUCGCAGAGGCUUCUUCAGGAGACCAAGAAUCAGAAUAGGAUUCUCUCUGAGGAAGCAAUUAAAUACAAGGUGCUUGAAGAAAGCAAGGAAUUUCUGGAUGAUAUGGCCAGAACUCUUGGUGAUAUGUUAGAAUGUGAGCGGAAACGCAACAUGAAAAAUCAGGAUUUGGUCCUGGAAAAUGAGAAAUCUGUGGAGAAGCUAAAGGAGGUUAUUUCAAUGAAUGCCUCAGAAUUUUCCAAGUCCGCAGGGACCCUUCCAUGUGACUUUCAGCUACAGCAGGAAGUUGAAGACCAGAAGAAGCUGAACGCUAAACUCAGCCAGCGAAUCAGGUCGUUGGAAAAGUCUCAGAGGGAUCUGGAAGCCACUCUCCAUGAUAAGGAUGAUAGCAUUGGUGCUCUGAACAACUGCAUCAUGCAGCUGAACCGGUUGGAGGAGAGGGGAUCGGAAUCUGAGGGUCCAGGUCCAGGCAGAUGUGAGCCAGGUGAAUUAGCCAAAGGAGAAGUGGGAGGUGGGGAAAAUAAGAAGGCUCACAUGCACCAGCUGAUGGAUGUCUCCCGGACACAUCCCGCAAUAUCCGUAUUUCAGAAAGAUCUCCAACUCCUGCAGUCGAAGCUGAGAGCCUCCCUGUCUGCCAGAUGUGAUCUGGAAGACCAGAUCGUGAAGCUAGGUGAGGACCUCGGCAGGCUGCAGGUGGACAAGGCCCGGCUGGAGGAGGAGUUUAGCAUGCUGCAGCAGAAGGUGGAGGUCCUGAAGGAGCUGUCCCAACAGAAGGAGCUGGAGCUGCAGAAGAUACCGAGUCAGGUGGAAUGUGCACAGCAGCAGCCAGAGCAGGCGCUGUCGGCUGUGGAUGAGAAGGUGGUGCCGGCCACAGAGGCGGUGAAAAUCUACAAGUGAGCAUGGCCGUGAAGGGGCCCCCAGCCCAUCCAGGGCCCCCGUUCCUGGGAGGCCCCAUGCCGUCCCACGUGGACUAUGGGUCGCCGCCGCCACCACUGCUCUGCAGAUCCUUCGGGCCUCGGCCGAUGUCUCCUAGGCCACCGCAACCAUUCGUUGCACGCAUGGGCCCACCACUGGGCUUAAGAGACUAUGCGCCCGGCAUGCUGCCCGGACGCCACGACCUGCCGCUACAUCCCCGCGAGUUCUUGCCGAGACCUGUGCCAUUCAGGCCUCCAGGCCCGCUCGGCGCCCGAGCAUAUUUCAUUUCGGAUCUGCGAAUGCCACCUGCUGGACUCCAAGACUACCGACCACCACCUGCCGGGCCCCAGGAUAACCCACAGAUGCCUGCCGGGCCCCAGGACAACCCACUGACGCCUGCCGGGCCCCAGGACUACCCACCACCGCCUGCUGGGCGCCAGGCCUACCCACCACCACGUGCCGGGCACCAGCACUACCCACCACCGCCUGCCAGGCCCCAGGACUACCAACCACCAAGUGCCGGGCUCCCGGACUACCCACCGCCGCCUGCCCGGCCCCACGACUACCCACCGCCGCCUGCGGGGGUCCCAGGAAAACCCACCACCAAGUGCCGGGCCUCAGGACCAUGGAUGGCCGCCCUCUGCGAGCCUAAACUUCGCAUGCUGUGACAUUCCCAGAGCCGACUUCGGUGAGCCUCUCCAGGGCCUCGAGUCCUGGGACUCCAUGACAGCAUGCUGCAUUGCCCCGAGCAUGGUUCCCU